GCCAGACCCAGCGCUGUCACGGGCUCUUCCGGGUCUGGAGCGAGCUGCAGCGACUUGCGUGUUUUUUUUUCUUUUUUGUUUACGGGGUUCACGAUCGUUUUUCUCCGCAAAACAGGCUCCGACAGCGGCCGACGCACCUGAGGAACCAUGCCCUACGAGCUCAAGCACGUGUUUGCCAGCCUCCCUCAGAUGGAGCGCGGUCAGUCGAAGGUGAUCAGUGGAGACCCCAAAGGAAACAACUUCCUCUACACCAACGGCAAAUGUGUCAUUAUACGCAACAUCGACAACCCGGUGAUCGCAGACGUGUACACGGAGCACGCUCACCCCGUCCACGUGGCCAAGUACGCGCCCAGCGGCUUCUACAUCGCAUCAGGAGACGCUUCAGGAAAAGUGAGGAUCUGGGACACGACUCAGAAGGAACAUCUGCUCAAGUACGAGUACCAGCCCAUCUCCGGGAAAGUCCUGGACAUCGCCUGGACCGAGGACAGUAAACGCAUCGCCGUGGUGGGAGACGGGAGGGAGAAGUUCGCCUCGGUUUUCCUGUGGGACUCGGGUUCGUCUGUGGGGGAACUCACGGGUCACUCGAAGCUCAUCAACAGCGUCGACAUCAGACAGAAGCGUCCGUACAGAAUCGCCACAGGAAGUGACGACACCACCGCCGAGUUCUUCGAGGGACCACCCUUCAAGUUCAAGUUCACGCUCAAGGAACACUCUCAGUUUGUGAACUGUGUGCGUUUCUCUCCUGAUGGUUCCCACUUCGCCACGGCUGGAGCUGACGGACAGAUCUUCCUGUACGACGGUCAGAAGGGGGAGCUGGUUCGCUCUCUGGGGGGAGACAAGGCGCACAACGGUGGAAUCUACGCGAUAAGUUGGAGCCCUGACAGUUCCCAGCUCAUCUCUGCUUCUGGAGAUCGUACGGUGAAACUGUGGGACGUGGAGAGCGGCGCCGCGGCGACCACCUUUUCCGUGGGGUCCGAGGUUGGAGAUCAGCAGCUCGGGUGUCUGUGGCAGAAGAACCACCUCCUCUCUGUGUCUCUGAGCGGAAACAUCAACUACCUGGACAAGAACAACCCCACCCGGCCAAUCAGAGUCCUCAAGGGCCACUCGAAGUCGAUCCAGUGUCUGACCGUUCACAAAGGCGACGGUCGCUCCUUCAUCUACUCGGGGAGUCACGACGGACACAUCACGCGCUGGGACAGUGACAGUGGGGAGACGGAGUGUUUCAGUGGAAAAGGACACACAAACUCUGUGAGCCGCAUCUGCGUCAACGAGAACCACGAACUGGUGUCGUGCAGCAUGGACGAUACCGUCAGGUUCACCUCCACCAGCGCCACCGAGUACAGUGGAGAUGUGGUGAAGAUGGAUUCUCAGCCCAAGAGUGUGAGUGUGUCUUCAGGAGGACUCGCUCUGGUCGUCUGCAUCAAAGGGAUCGUUUUACUGAAGGACAAGAGGAAGGUUUUCACUCUGGACGAUCUGGACUUUGAGCCUGAGGUGGGCGCUCUGCAGCCAGGGGGCGCCACUGCCGCUGUGGGAGACUCGGAGGGUAAGAUCCACCUGUUUUCUGUGAGUGGAGGGGCUCUCUCCUCCACAGAUCCGAUCCUCGAGGCCAAAGGGAAACUCACAGACCUCGGCUUCUCUCCCGACGGCGCCUUCCUCGCCGCUCUCGACGAGAACAAGGUCCUGACUGUGUUUAGUGUGGCCGACAACUACGCCGUCAAAGGUCACUUUUACGGACACCACGCGAAGCCGGUGACCCUGAGCUGGAAUCCGGACUGUGAGCACCUCGCCACGGGGGGGAUGGACAUGAACGUCUACGUGUGGACCAUCAACAACGAGGACAAGAGGAUCAAGCUGCCGGACACUCAUCGCCUGCACCACGUGAGCAGCUUGGCCUGGUUAGAUCCUCACACUCUGGUCACCACCUCUCACGACGCCAACGUAAAGCAGUGGACCAUCACCUACUGAGACCGGAGACCAGACCUAGACCAGACCUAGACCGGGACUAGAGCGGGACUAGAGCCGGCCCGGGAUUCGGACCAGGAUCGCGGGGACUUGUGCGGACCCCAGACCCACGCUUGGCUUUGCAGGGUCUGAAUGACGAAUGCCUGUUGAUGUGUGAGCUGUUGAUUUAAACCUUCUCGUCGUUUUUGUCUUUUUAUAAUUUAUGUAAAACACGGUUCAUUGUUCACGCCAUGGCCACUUUAUUAGGUACGCCGCCUCGGACCCAGAUUUUUCCGCUGGUUCAUUCAGUUCAAAGUCUCCCUCAAGUCUCUUAUUUUUCUGAUGCUGGGCUCUUCCUUGGUCUAAACCAGGACUUGAACUUGGUCUAAACCAGGACUUGAACUUGGUCUAAACCAGGACUUGAACUAAAAUGGGUCUAAACUCCACUGGAACUAAACCAGAACUUAAGAUUAAAAUGGAUCUUUAUUUUUGUACUUAAAACAACAAAAAUGAGACUAAACCUGGACUGAGUCUGGACUGAGUCUGGACUGAGUCUGGACUGAGUCUGGACUGAGUCUGGACUGAGUCUGGACUGAGUCUGGACGAAAGUGCCCUGAUUAAAAUGAAUGUUUAUUUUUGUACUUAUUAUAAGAAAAACCAGGUCUGAACCAGGUCUGAACCAGGUCUGAACCAGGUCUGAACCAGGUCUGAACCGCUCUGAUCAUUAUGGAUUUUUAUUUUUGUACUUAUUUCAAGAGAAACCGGGUCUACACCGGGUCUACACCGGGUCUACACCGGGUCUACACCGGGUCUACACCGGGUCUACACCGGGUCGUCUCUUGUGUACCUAAUAAAGUGGCCAGUGCAUAUUUUUCCUUUUUUUCCUCCGACCCUUUAAAGGUAAAAUGAUUGACAGCUGGACAUUCCUUUGAUUGUCUUCCCCUGGUCGUGUGAGCGUCUCCAGCAGAGGGCGCCGUUUAACUUGAUGAAAAAAAUCACACAAAUAUUCAAAACUCUCCAAAAAUCUAUUUUUACAGAAUCUUUCCACUCGGCCCCGUUCAUUUUUCCUACACACUUUUUAUUGUGCUGAGCCCAGUGCAAAACUCCACACUGUAGAAAGAAGUGGACACGACGAAAACCCGCGAGCCGCCGCCGCCGCCGCCGCCGCUGCCGCCAUCGUCCAGACAGGAAGUGAGCGUGUGCGCGAGUGUGGCUCCAUCCACUCUGGCUCCGGGUCACUUUGUGUGUAAAAAAACGUGCUCACUUCUUUAGAGUCUGUGCUCUGAACCGACACCUGUCAAAUAAAAGUUCAAAAUGAAAAUAACUUCAUCAUAAAUAAAAUAAAAUACUUCAAACUAAAGUCCACGUUUACUUUUCAGUCAGAUUUACAUCAGAGACCGUGACUAAGACUAAGGCCCUAGAAUCUAAACCAGGUCUACAACCGGGUCUGAACCAGGUCUACAACCGGGUCUGAACCAGGUCUGAACCAGGACUAAACUGGGUCUAAGCACAGUCCAAACAUGGGCUUUCCCUAAUUAAGUCUAAACCAGGUCUAAAAACAGGUCUGAGCUGGGACUAAAGCAGGUCCAAAAUUGUUCUAAACCUAAACCAGAAGUUAACCAAGUCCAAGACCUAAACCAGGUCUAAACCAGGUCUAAACCAGGUCUAAACCAGGUCUAAACCAGGUCUAAACCAGGUCUAAACCAGGUCUAAACCAAGAAAACAUGUCCAAAAAGGUUUAAUAACUUCAUAUUUAUUUCUGUAAAAUUAAAAACUCAGAUUUAAAUGUCCAAUCUGUGACUUUAAGCGAUGAGGAAACUUUUCAGCUCUUGAUGAAAAAAGUGGGUGGGUAAAAUGAAUGGGACUUUUACCCUGAAACGGCGCCCCCUGGUGACCCCCCCCCUCCAGCUCAGAACCAUAAAGUGUCAGCCAACCUUGUCGUUCGGUCACAUUCCUGGAUCAUCUCUGCGUCUCUUCUCAUUUUGUGUUUUUGCCGUUUGCGUUUGAUCUGACGACUUCCUGUUCGACUGUGGGAGGGCGGAGUACUUCAGGAUACUUCAGGAUACUGCAGUACUGUGUGUACUUUUACUGCGACUCUGAAGUGUAUGUGCUGUCUGUGUGCGCACGGUGACGUCGGAUAUUUUCAUGUUUUAUGCAUCGCUCUGAACCCCGGAGCGACGAGGAAAUAAAUCAGAAACAUUUGGGUAAAAGUGA